AUGGGUCUCACCUCCCAACUGAUUCCAACCCUGGUCUGCUUUCUAGCAUUUACCAGCAACUUCAUCCACGGACACAAGAGGGAUGUUGCCUUACUGGAGAUCAUCAGAACACUGAACAUCCUCACAGCGAGAAACGAUUCAUGCAUGGAGCUGACUAUAGAAGACACCUUCGCUGCCCCAAAGAACACAGCCGAGAAGGAAACCUUCUGCAGGGCUGCAAAUGCGCUUCGGCAGUUCUAUAAAGAGCACAAGUGCUGGCGCAGACUUCUGAGCAGACUUGACAGGAACCUCAGCAGCAUGGCAAACACGACCUUCUGUCCUAUGAAGGAGGCCAAGAAGAGCACAUUGAAAGACUUCCUGGAAAGGCUAAAGAUGAACAUGAAAAGGAAAUACUCAAAGUAUUGA